AGUAAGUGAUCAAUGGAACAUCGGACUUCGCGCUCGCGCCGUCGUAGCCUGACAUUGAUAUACAUAUAGCUCUUUCUUUGCUUCGGAUAUUUAUUCUUACAUCAAUAAAAAAUUAUUUAAUUUGCAAUAUUGACUGGACAAACAAUUGUUCAAAAUCAGAUUCAUAAUGAUUUCCCAACCAAUUGUGGUACCUGGAGGUGAACAUCGAUCACAAUCAGAAACUCAUUCUAUGUCUGUUGGAAAUACUUCUGAGUCUUUUAAAACUAUGACACCACCAAAUGUAAGCAGAUCAUUAAGUAAUCGUAUUAAUGACAGUGGAUAUGGUACAUUACCAAGUAAGCUAGAACCAGUGGAUCAACAACUUCGACGAAGCAGUGUUCAAGUUCAAUCUGCAACAUUACCUAAACUUCCAUCAACAGAGUCCCUAUCAACAAGUGUAAAUUUUACAACUGCUGCACCUCCACUUUCUCCAGGAUUAUCUACAUCAAUGGGAGAAGCAAAUCAAAAAACAGAUAAUGUUUCUGAUAAGUCUUUUGAUUCUUGUAAGUUAACAAGGAAAGAAUCAUAUAAAGCUCAAAGAAAGAAUUAUCGAAUGGAAAAAAAGAGAUUUGCUGAUGAACUUCUAAGUUCUUUUAAAGAUCCAACUGUUAUUGUGAUGAGUGAUUGGCUCAAAGUUCGUGGUACAUUAAAAAGUUGGACAAAACUGUGGUGUAUUCUGAAGCCUGGUUUGCUACUGCUAUAUAAAAGCCCAAAAGCAAAAAGCAAUCAUUGGGUAGGAACGGUUUUACUUAAUACAUGUCAAGUGAUAGAACGUCCAAGUAAAAAAGAUGGAUUUUGUUUUAAAUUGUUUCAUCCUUUGGAACAAUCAAUAUGGGCUCCAAGAGGUCCAGAAAAAGAAGCUAUUGGUGCUGUUGUACAACCUUUGCCAACAUCUUACUUAAUAUUUAGAGCACCUUCUCAAGCAGCUGGUAAAUGUUGGUUGGAUGCACUUGAAUUAUCUUUACGUUGUUCUUCUUUAAUAGUACGUUCAACAAGUGCAUUGCCACGUACUUUACCACAUGAUACUACAACAACUCAUGAAACUCAAUGGAGUGAAGCAGAUUAUGAAAAACAUUUUGAUGAACAUGAUUUGGACGAUAUUAGCCAACCGGAAAAUGGAGUAACAGCUGAUGCAGAGAUUAGCGCUUCGGAUAGUGAAUCUGAAGGAUCCGCCAAGGAAGAUCAACAAGAAGUAAUUAAUGAAACUCCAUAUGCUGCAAAUGAACAAGAAGUUCUUGGAGCGGCUGGAGAGGUAGUUACAGAAUUACAAGAAGAACAAAAAUCUUUAAUAUGGUUCUUAAUGAAACAAGUUCGACCAGGCAUGGAUUUAUCAAAAGUCGUCUUACCGACUUUUAUUUUAGAACCUCGCUCGUUUUUAGAAAAAUUGGCUGAUUCUUAUUACCAUGCAGAUUUAUUGUCUCAAGCAGUAGUAGAAGAUGAUGCAUUUACACGUAUGAAAGGUGUUGUUAAAUGGUAUUUAUCUGGAUUUUAUAAAAAACCUCAAGGUUUAAAGAAACCUUAUAAUCCGCUUUUGGGUGAAACUUUUCGCUGCUAUUGGCAGCAUCCUAAUGGUUCAAGAACUUUCUAUAUAGCUGAACAGCUUUCUCAUCAUCCACCUAUAUCAGGAUUUUAUGUUACUAAUCGACAAGAUGGAUUUACUAUUAGUGCUACAAUUAUUGCAAAAUCUAAAUUUUACGGAAAUUCAACAUCAGCAGUCCUAGAUGGUGUUGCCAUAUUAACAAUGUUACCUAGGGGAGAAGAUUAUACAAUGACAAUACCUUAUGCUCAUUGCAAAGGAAUUCUUAUGGGUACAUUAUCAAUGGAAUUAGGUGGAAAAAUUCAUAUAAAUUGCGAGAAAACAGGUUAUCAUACUGAAUUGGAAUUUAAACUUAAGCCAUUUCUUGGGGGUGCAGAACAAAUGAAUCAAGUUACAGGAGGAAUACGUUUAGGCAAAGAAACUCUUGCUACUAUAUCAGGCUAUUGGGAUGGUCAAAUAUUAAUUACUGAUAAAAGAACAGGACAAGAAAAUGUAUUCUUUAAUCCCACUCCAGAAGUACGUAAAAGAAGAUUAAAAAAAUAUACUGUACCUUUGGAACAUCAAGGUCUGUGGGAAAGUGAAAAAUUAUGGUAUGAUGUUACGCAAGCAAUCAAUCGAGACGAUCAAAUUGCUGCCACUGAAGCAAAAACUCAAUUAGAAGAAGCUCAGAGAGAGCGUGCUAAAGAACGAAAACUUAAAGGACAGGAAUGGGUUCCUAAACACUUUGUUCAGGAUAUUAUAACUGGUAAUUGGGUUUAUCGACAUGCAGAUGUUCGACCAUGGGAUCCUAGAAAUGAUGUUGUACAAUAUGAACAAGAUUAUAUAGUACGUACAAAAACUAGACACAAAACACCGAUUAUGCGUACUGGUAGUAUCGUUUCUACUGAACCACAAACACAGGUUCCACUUCUUCAAGCUGAAUCACGUUCAUCACUUUCUGUAUUAAAAUCUUCUAAAAGACAAUUGUCUAAUAAUUUAGCAGAAACUGCUCAUGAUUCUGGAAGUUCCUCUGCAGAGGUACAUUCAGAUUCUAGUCAAUCAAUAGGUAAAAGGAAACGUUCUGCUGCAAGGAUUAUAGAUGUUAUUAAAGAAUUAGAACGACAAAUGUUAGAAUAUGGUGAUAAAUUAAAUCGUAUACAACAUAUAUUAGAGCAACUUGCUAUAAGACAAAGAGAACAGGGUGAUCAAUAUCAUAGUAUAAAUAUGUUGAAAAGCUUCAUAGAUACAAUUCUUGUUAUUGUAAUAGUUUUUUCUGUACAAUACUUUGUAAAAAUAUGGACCGACGAAUCUAGUGGAGGUUGAAAAUACGUUAAUAAGAUCGUAGUAUAAAUUGUAUAUAUUAUUUAUCUUAUCUCAAUUCGAAUUAUCAGCUUUUGUGUAAAAAAAAA